GGACGGAGUCUCCAUCCAUGGAAACCGACCAACCGUUUCUCUUCCCCCAGAACUGAGAAAAAAAAAAGAGGCCUCCGUCCUUUCCUGCUUAAUUAAUUUUUUAUAAUUAAUUCAAUGAGUUCAAAAAAUGAAGAAAUUAAUCAUGGAGGGAGACAGUUUAAUCAUAACUUGAUCAAAAUCAACGUCUCUCACGGUCCCUCCCACCUCGAACUCCAUGUCCCUGCUCAUUCCACUUUCGGGCAUGUUAAAAAGGUAAUCGAAGAGCAGACCGGUUUGGAAUCGGAAAAGCAGAGGAUUUUGUUCAGAGGAAACGAAAAGGAGGACGGAGAGAAUUUGCAGGAGGCUGGCGUGAGGGAUAACUCCAAGAUUUUGGUUUUGGAGGACGUGGUGAGGAAGGAGAUGAAGGAAGGCGAGGACACAUCAACGGCGACAAUGCAGGAAAAUGUGGAGGAGGUGAAGGGAAACGAUAAGGAGAUGCCGAAGGCCUUUCGAGCUAUUGACGAAACGAGGAAGGAGAUUGAUAAGCUUGCGGAAAGAGUGGGUGCUUUGGAAGUGGCUGUGAGUGGCGGGACUAGGGUUUCGGAGGAUGAAUUUGGUGUUUUUUCGGAGUUGCUCAUGAGGCAGUUGCUGAAAUUGGAUGCUAUUGAGGCGGAAGGGGAAGCACGGGUGCAGCGAAAGGCUGAGGUUUGUCGUGUCCAGAAUUUCCAUGAGAUAUUAGACAACCUGAAGGCAAGAAAUCCCAAGCCAUUGGGCAAUAGUGGAAAUGCGUCAGUUACAACUGAGUGGGAGACCUUCGACUCUGGAUCGGGAAGCUCAAGUCCCCCACCCUCAAUCCCAUCCUCAACAAGAAUUACUCAGGAUUGGGAAAGGCUUGAGUAGUUUACAACAACCUCCUUCAUUAUUCAAGUCUCCAGAAAUGGACGCUGGAGCUCAACACCAUCAAGGUUCCCACUAUUAUUUGUAGAUUCUCCCGUCUUUGUCCAACUAGAGCAUAGGUUUCUUCACCAAGGGUAUCAACAACUUUCUGCAGCAGUGGCAGCUUCUUGCUCAGACGCAUCAUGGUGUACUAGGGUAUGGUUCCAGAUGUGUUAUACCCAUUGCUAGUGCUGCCCAGCCCUGAACAAGACCUGUGGAAGGAAAUUGGCAAUGAAGAGUGUGCUAGUAUAGAUGAAGGUUUGAUCAAUUUAGGUUUUUAAUCGAAAGGGUCCUCCCCUGCAGCUGGAGUUAUUGCGCACCAACCCUGUUAUCAUUCCUUGAUUGGCUCCAAUCACAGACGGAUUUUUGAAAAAGAGGACAUCCCAGCAGGUCCAGACAAGGAUACUGGUGGCUGCACAGAUGUUUGAUGAGAACUGCAAGGGAGGAAUCCGGCGGUAAACGAAUUUCCUCCAAAAAAUACCACCCCCAGCCAGACCCAUUAAGAGAUUAUUUGAUGGGAACACUUCCUGUAUUCCUGCCGUCUUGGUCCAUCCGGUGAGAGAUCAACAAAGUUCAUUUGCACCACCAAGUCAGGGAAUACAUAUGUUUAGAUGGGCCGGAAACUGGUAGAAGAAUGGUGCUCGCCCAAUCAUGGAAAACUCCCAUGCUGUUGUACAAUAGGAUGCUUACAUUGGUCAUGAACAGAAUCUUUAACAUUGUGGAAGAAUCUCAUAUCAAGGCCAAGUAAACGAAGACAUGUGGAGUCAACGAUGACGGGGGCUCUAGAACUUAAAAACAUGGUUGUCUUGAAAAGGUAUUAAAUUAAUAUUAUUUUUAAUAUUUUUCAUGAUUUAGAUGUAUUAAUGUUAAAAAAAAAAUAAUCUCACUUUUUUCCAA